AUGUCUCUUGUACUGUACACAAGGCUUGCAAAUAAAUGGAAGGACUUACAUGAUCUUGUAGCCACAUUUAUUAACAAUGAAGCAGGUGUUGACAAUGAGGAGGAGGUGGAGGAGGACAAGGAAGAGGAAGAGGAAGGAAAUGAUGAAAUAUUUCUACAUUUUGUAGAUGACACACUCAAAGCAGGUUCAUCACUCCCUAAAUACCCACCUUUGGCUUCUAUGACUUCAAACAUAGUAGAGGUUGACAAUAUCAAUACUAUGGUGGAACAGGCAAAGAAACAAAUUAGUGUCAGAGAUAGUUCAGCAAGGUCAACAGUGGAAUUUCUUCAACCUUGGCUGCCUAACAGCCAUUAUGUGUUCUUGAUCAAAAGCAUCCCUAAACACAUCUACAUCUAUACCUCUGAACCUGGUACAGUCCAGAGCAUCCUCAUGUUCAACUAUCUGUACUAUAAGAAGGAGAAACGUUUAGAACUCUCUAUUAGAGACUGGGUACAAGUUAGCAAAGGGCUGUAUUCAAAGGCUUUAAGUGUAGUCCAGAAGAUUCAAGAAGGUGAUUGUGACAAACUGAAAGAACAUUUUCCAGACCAAACUUUCAAAGUAGUCUUGUACAAAGAGUUCCUCUUUAAUGGAUACACAGAAGGUCUCUGCCCUCUUGACUCCUUCACUAAUCUGAGCUUGACACAAGACAAUGUCCAAAGUGAGAGUAAUUUACCUAAUAUUACAGUCCUUCAUACUGACAUCCAACAAAUACUAUUGGAAGGAGACUAUGUUGAGGUCAAAUUUGGUCAACACAGAGGACUUUGUGGGUUCAUCAUGCUUCAAAAGAGUAUUGACAUUAACAUGUAUGAUGUAAUGCAAACCACACUGUCUACAGAUAUUGCAGAACUCAAGUACAAUUUGGCAAUAUUCAAUCAAGAUGCUCUGAAUCCAUUUGUUAGGCAGGACAUACUUAUCCAAGGGAACACAGGUGCUGCUAGGCACACAAAGGGGCUAACAGCUUAUGUGUUGUAUGGAUUUGGACCUGAGAACAGAAUCAGAAAAUUCAAUCUCUUGAGUCUGGUGUCCUUGGACAACUUUGGAUACCUGGGAGGGGAUAAAGAACUGGAACAGAACAAGAUCUUGAACCAUCCAGAAGUGUAUAGUAGCUUACAGAAGAAGAGAAAAGCUGUCAACCUCCUCUUGAGCCUGUUACAGACUUUUCAAAGACUAGUAUGGGGGAAAAGCAACUGA